UCUUGUACUGCCUCUUGUAGAAGAUCACGCAACACAACAGCCUUGACAAAAAAAGCAGUUGAUUGAAGGGUCGACCAAUUCCAUGGCGAACCUCGGGUCGUUAGCCUCACUCCCCGCCAUUGUCGUCGUGGUCGAAGUCGCUAUCUUCUCGUCAUUCGCAGCCGCGCAGCUGCGGCCGGACUACUAUGCCAGCGUCUGCCCCAACCUGGAGGGCAUUGUCCGGUACUCCGUGAAGCAGUCCAUGGUCAAGUCCCCCAUCUCCGCGCCCGCCACCCUCAGGCUCUUCUUCCACGACUGCGCCGUCAUGGGCUGCGACGCAUCGGUCAUGAUCAUCAGCCCAACCGUCGACGACAAAUGGCGGAACUACGACGACUACUCGCUGAAGCCGGAGGGCUUCCAGACGAUCCUGGACGCCAAGGCUGCCGUGGACAGCGACCCUCAGUGCCGUUACAAGGUGUCUUGCCCCGACAUAAUCGCCCUCGCCGCAAGAGAGUCCGUCUCCCAGAGCGGAGGGCCCAACUACACAGUGGAGUUGGGAAGGUACGAUGGGAAGAUCUCGACAAGGAACAGCGUCAUGCUGCCGCACGUCGACGACAACCUUGACAGCCUCAAUGCCUUCUUCUAUACCCUAGGCCUCUCCCAGAUCGACAUGAUCGCAUUAUCAGUGUUGACAAAAGCAGUUCAAGGGGUCGAUCCGUCGAUGCAUUCCAUGGCAAAACUCGCCGCCGCCGUCGUCGUCCAAGUGGCUGUCAUCUCACCGUUCGCGGCCGCGCAGCUGCGGGCGGACUACUACGCCGGGGUCUGCCCCAGCCUGGAGGCCAUUGUCCGGAGUUCCGUGAAGCAGUCUAUGGUGAAGUCCCCCAUCUCCGCGCCCGCCACCCUCCGGCUCUUCUUCCACGACUGCGCCGCCACGGGCUGUGACGCAUCGGUCAUGAUCAUCAGCUCCACCGGAGACGACGAGAACGCCAACGACUACACGCUGAAGCUGGAGGGGUUCCAGACGAUCCUGGACGCCAAGGCCGCCGUGGACAGUGACCCGCAGUGCCGUUACAAGGUGUCCUGCGCUGACAUAAUCGCCCUUGCCACAAGAGAGUCCGUCUCCCAGAGCGGAGGGCCGAACUACACAGUGGAGCUGGGCAGGUAUGACGGGAGGAAGUCGAUGGACAGAAGUGUCAGGCUGCCGCACCCCGGCGACAACCUCGACAACCUCAACGCCUUCUUCUCAACCUUGGGCCUCUCCCAGACCGACAUGAUCGCACUAUCAGGUGGCCACACCUUGGGCGCGGCGGACUGCGGCUUCUUCAAGUACAGGAUCGGUGGUAACGACCAGAGCAUGAACCCGAGCUUCGACGCGCAACUCCAGGGUACAUGUGCCAAACAGAACUUCGCGUUCCUGGACGACGUGACACCGAUAGGGUUCGACAACUUCUACUACCGGAACCUGCAGAACGGCAGGGGCCUCCUGGGGUCCGACCAGGUGCUAUACACGGACGAGAGGUCCCGCGGCACUGUGGACUUCUACGCGGCCAACCAGGGCACGUUCUUCUCCGACUUCGCCGUCGCCAUGACAAAGCUCGGCAGGGUCCGGGUCAAGACGGCCGCUGAUGGCGAGAUACGUCGUGACUGCCGGUACCCGAACUAAGGCUCUCGUCAAACCGUGCUACUGCACGGGCUAGCAGUGUUGGAAAAAAAAUGAAGAAUAAAAUCUCUGGAAUAAUGUUUUGCUUUACUUCAAAAGGAAAUUUUAAUUUGUCUACUUUAGUAAUUCAUUAUGUACAAUAUUCAGAGUAAUCUAUCUGUCUAUCUAUCCGCAAA